AUGGAUCUUACUUUUUUUACUUUAGUCUAUUUUUUGAUCUUAUUUUGCCUCAUUGCACCUCCAACUGAAUUUCGCCGAUCUGGCUUGACAAUUGAAUAUAUAUUAAGUAGCUACUUAGGCAGUGAAAAUAUUGAUUUUAUUGGUUAUCAUGUCCGUCGAACCACGGCUAAUUUAUUAUUUCAUUCGUGCUUACCGCUCAGUUACUAUAUAAUUCUAAUCUUGUUAAAUUAUUUAUCUGCUGAAAAUUAUCCCUUCAAUCCUUGGGCUGGUGGUAUUUACUGGGAUGUCUACUUUUAUAUGUCAUCAUCGAUAGCCUUACUAGCUAUUACCCUAGGUUAUUAUUGGUCAUCAUCCAAGUGGCAACAUCACCCUAUUGUAACCAAUUUACAACAAUUUGGUCAACCCUGGCGAGUGGUGUCAUCGUCGGUUAAUAAUGAAUUUCGUCGAAUUGAGAAAUUUUCCUCCGGCGAAUUAAACUUUUGCACCUAUAUCACGGAUAGUUGGAUUCUUAAAACAUCAACUUAUACUUUAUUAAUUGCACACAAACACGAUGCUAAGUUAUCGAUCGUCGAUAGUCAGACGUAUCAGUUAGCCGUUGAUAGCCCAACUGCAGUGCAAAAGCUACAUAUUAGGGUCAAAAGUGUUCAACGAGGAAAAUGUGACUUCAUCAUCGUUCUUAAUUCCGAAAAAUAUCAAGAGCUGACUGGGAUGUUAGAGGAACCAAUAGAAAAUAUGCGUAACCUAGUCAUUCAGCAAUCUUUAAGCGAUAAGUUUGUGGUGGCUUUCAAAGAGCAAGUGAUGAGAAAUGUUCGCUAUAUUAUUCCUGAAAAUGCUCCCGCACCUGAACAAUGUAUAGGAUGUCUGACGAAAUCGGCAGAUGUCAAACUUCAAAAAUUAUGCUACCCACCGCAGGAAGGUGAAUGUCGAAGCUGUUUUUGCAAGCCGAUGUGGUGCUUAGAUUGCAUGGGUAAAUGGUUCGCUUGUAGACAAGAUCAGCGAAGAAUUGAAACUUGGUUAUCUAGUAAAGCGCCAUGCCCUACUUGUCGUGCAACAUUUUGCGUAUUAGAUGUUUGCGCGAUUGAAAUUUUGUAA